CGCAACUUGCGGUUCCUGCCAGUGCAGCGACUCGGAAAGAGGGAGCGGAGAGGAGGAGCGAGGUUGAGCGAGGAGACGAUCCUUGGCUGCGUUGCAAGGCUCUACUGAGAUGCCAUGGUGACUGAGUCCGACUGAUUUCUCGACAUGCUGGACGGGAUCAAUUUCGCUGGAUGCACCAACGACAGAGAGUUCUCUGAGAUCGAGCUGAUCAGCGAGCUCAUCAUCUCCUACUUCCCCAACACAAGGUUUGUCCGACAUGCAUGUCACCCCUGCGAAUGGCGGCACUACCGAGAGAUGAUCUGCCGCAAGUACGGGUUCGAGCAUGCGGGCGAGGGCUCGAUCGUGUGGCAGCGAGACGGCAAGCUGAUCGGGGGCCAAGGAGAGUUGAAGAGGAUACUCGAAGAGAAGUAUCAGAUAGAGUGUAGCUCCCACAUUCACAGCGACAUGGUGCAACAACUCUUGGAGGAAAACCAGCGCCUAAUGGACGAGCUCGUGGUGACAGACGGCUGGACGCCUUUCAUAGGAGAGUUCCACAAGGUCUGGAAAGAGAGGAACGAGAGUUUUGAAGGAUCAUGGUUGAAUCACAAACCGCACAGAGGAACGUAUGUCUACCAUGAUGGCUCCAGAUACGAAGGAGAAUUCGUUGAUGGGCAUUUUGAGGGGAAAGGUCGGCAAACUUACAAAGAUGGGUCGGAGUACGCUGGAUCUUUUCAAAAUGGCAGAAGACAUGGAAAAGGCUGGUAUCGAGAUGCUGAAGGGAAUGUGUAUGAUGGAGAAUUUCUGGAAGGAGUCUGUCAGGGAGUUGGAACGAAGACCUGGACUUUCGGAAGGACUUACAAAGGGGAAUGGAAACACAACAAGGCAGAUGGAUUGGGAGAGGAGAGCAUUCCUCAGGAGGGAGAUUUUCUUUUCUACUCUGGAGAGUUCGUUGAUGGCAAGCGGUGUGGGUAUGGCCAAUGUCAUUAUCCGAAUGGUAAUGUUUACAAGGGAGACUGGAAAGACAACAAGCGUGAAGGAAAAGGAGAACUGUUUAUCUUCGGGCAUCCCUUGAAGCUACAGGGAGUAUUUGAGGACAACACUUUCAUAGGCGGGACCUUCCGAUAUGAUGACGUCACUACUCCCUACCCAGGAGAGGUAAGUGGAUGUUGCCCAACAACUCCUCGCGACUGGCGGUGA